AUGUCGGCAUCAUUGGUGAAAGCGGAAAAGGGAAAAACGACUAAUGGUAAAAAAGAGGAAGCUACAAAAGGGUCUACUAAGGCAGAGCCAGCCCCGAUCCAAACAUUCGUGUUCUUUGAUCUGGAAACAACUGGUCUGGAUCAACCCCGCCAGAUCACCGAGAUCAGCCUGGCGGCGGUUCGCCGUGACCAGCUCCUGACUGGCACCACCGUCCCGCCAGGAGGCGCCACAAUCCCCCGAGUCAUGGACAAGUUCACGGUAUGCGUUCGACCCAGACGAGACAUCCACCCCAAAGCCGCCGAGAUCACCAACCUGACAAACCAAACCUUGGGGAAACAUCGUGUAUUCGACGAGGAUCUGGUGAAAUCGGUGGUUCACCUCUUAAACCGCCAGGAACCACCUGUAUGUCUGGUAGCACAUAAUGGAAAUAGGUUCGAUUUCCCGAUUUUGAAAGCGGAGCUGGGGGAAUCUGAAACUGUGGAUUUGUUUCCUCAAGAUGUCCUUUGUGUGGACACAAUGGUGGCCAUUAAGGAUCUUUACGCAGGUCAAUUCAAAAGUUUCAGCCUCCCGAAAAUUCACGAGACCCUGUUCGGCGAGGCACCUCCGCCAGAGGUCGCUCAUACCGCAGAGGGCGAUGUGAUCACCAUGGUCAAGAUUGUGAAGAAGCUGGGAGCCAAAGAGAUCUUACAGUGGAUGGACAGCAAUGCAGUUUCCUUUGCCAUCUAG